UCUUUGCGACCCUCAGUUUGCGUCCAUCCACGUACAAGUACUAAUUAUGUCGAAACUAUUCAUUCAACUUGCGCUCUGUCUUGGGCUAAUCGCUUUGGUGAGCGCACAUCCCUACACCACCGGACGCAUUGUUGGCGGUGAGAAUGCUGUUGAAGGCGCAUUACCCUAUCAAGUGUCACUUCGUUAUAGCGGAUCGCACAUUUGUGGUGCAGCGAUUAUCAAUCAGCGCUAUGUGCUCUCAGCCGCGCAUUGUGUAGGCGAUGAGGAUGCCGAUGGCAACUACGUUGUCGAUCCUGCUAGCUAUUUCUCGAUUCGUGCGGGCUCAAGUGAUCGCCUACGUGGCGGUGUGGUCGUCAAGGUCACAAACAUUGUAGUGAAUGAGAAUUAUGCAAACUUUUUGCACGAUUUAGCAGUGCUCCGCUUAGAAUCUGCCCUAAUUUAUUCAAAUAACAUAAAACCAAUUCCUUUGGCCAGCGGUGAAGUGCCGACCGGCGAACAAGUACUCAUCUCAGGCUGGGGUCGUCUAACCACCACUGGCGAUGCGCCAACUAAAUUGCAAUAUAACUAUGUGCAGGCUAUAUCCAAAUUAUCUUGUUUUACCAGAAUUGGUAUGUACAGUGAUGCGCUGCUGUGCUUGGGACAUCCGGCAAAUAAUGGUGCUUGCUUUGGUGACUCCGGUGGUCCGGCUGCAUAUCAAGGCGAACUUGUAGGAGUUGCUAGUUUUGUGGUUGGUGGUUGCGGCACCACCAGCCCAGAUGGUUAUGCGAAGAUUUACGAGCAUGUGGACUGGAUUAAGGAGCACUCAAAAUUGUGA